UGGAUCGAUCCAGAGGAUGAGGAUGAGAAUAUAUAAUUUAUCCAGAAGAAUAGAAUGAAUAUUAUUGCAGCACUAUAUCAAUAUACUACAUCCUCCACAGUAAGAGUCAGACACUACUAUACCCUAUAUCUAUCUAUAUUUUAAUUAUAUCAAUUAUAUAACAAGAUCUAGUGAUUUUUUCAAAUAUAGUAAUGUUUUUUUUAUUUUUUAAAUAAAAGUAAAAUCUUAAUUAUAUUGUUAUUAGUAUAUAUAUAUAUGAUUCAAUAGUGAGAGUAGUAUGGUUCAUCCCAAUAUGGAUUAAGAGAAUAUGAUGAAAGUGUGGGGGUUGUGAAAAGUCACAUUAUAUACUUAUAUAUAUAAAUUAAAUUAAAUGUAAGUAUGUGUAGGUAGGGGGAGGGUGAGAUGACUAGGUAGGGGUAUUUAUUAUAUAUUUUAUAUAUUAAUAAUUUUAUCGUAAAGAGUGAAGUUAAUAAGUUAGUGAAAAGUCAUAUCUCUUUUUUUCUUUUUCUUGAUAUUCUUGUUCUCUUUUUCUUUUUCUUUUUCUUUUACACGAGAUCCAAUCCAAAACUCUAGUCUCUACCACCACACUACACACACCAGGCCAAGCCUCCUAAAACUCAAAACUCAAAACUCAAAACCAGUACUACUACUGCUACUACCACUACGUACACACACACCUAUAUAGCUAUCUAGGCAAAUAUAAUCACUACAUAUCAAUUUACAGGUAUAUAUAUACCCCGGCCCCCCUUAAUUUUCUCUCUUGCUCUCCUUGUUCUCGAUCGAUCGGGAUAUUUAAUUACGUACCUAAUUAAUUUAUUAAUUCCAUGAUCUCUACCAAUUAACAUAUUAAUUUCUAAGGUAUACAUCUCCUCAAGUAUCUCUCUGAUGAGGUGAUACUACUAUAUACCUACUCUUAUAAUUUAAAUUUGUUUCCUUUUGUAGUAGUAUUGUAUAUAUAUAGGUGUUACCACAUAUAUAUAUAUAGAUCUUUUAAACAGGCGAAAGAAAGAAACAAACAAAAAGAUCUUCAAAUCCUCCCAGAUCUGUCUCCUAAUAAUUUGUAUAUGGAUAGUAUAUAAUUUGAGAAAUUAUUCUGUGUUGCCAACCCCAUUAUUUGGUAUUUAUAUACUUAAUUCUUCGAUUGCAACAUUAUCCUUUUAUAUAGUAAAAUGGGCCGAAUCUUCCAUCAUCAAUUCUCAUUCUCAUUUCUUUCUUCUUCUUCUUCUAUGCAUAAUAUAUAUUUGUGAAAUAAUGGUGAAUUAUAUAUAUAUAUAGUUGACGCUUUUAAACCAAAAUUAUUUGGUAUAAAUUGUGCAUAUAUAUUUGUGUGUAUUUUAAUUAAUAAUAAACUGAAUAUAUUAAUAUUGGUGGAUGCGUGCGUGAUUUUCAUGGUUGUGUCACAUCAAAGAUAUAUAUAUAUCAUCAUCAAAACAGUUUCCAUAUAACAAAAAUGUACAUUCAAUUUUGGAUCUCCAUUCAAUCAUAAUCAGUCACACUCUUUUCUUUUUAUUAAUUAUUUAAUUUCUUAUAUUAUAUAUAUAUGUAAAUUCUCUCUUUUCUUUCUUCUUAUUAAUCUUGCAGAGCCUAGCUAGCUAGCAGAAAUCGAAGAAUAAUCCAUUCAAAAAUUAACAGAAUAAUAUAUAUUAUAUGGCAUCAUCAUCUUCUUCUUCAUCAUCAAAUUCGCCUUGCGCGGCCUGUAAGUUUCUGAGGCGAAAAUGCCAACCGGAGUGCGUGUUCGCACCCUACUUUCCGCCGGACCAACCUCAGAAAUUCGCAAACGUACACAAAGUGUUCGGCGCAAGCAACGUCACUAAGCUUCUCAAUGAGCUCCUCCCCAGCCAGAGAGAGGAUGCCGUCAAUUCACUUGCUUAUGAAGCCGACAUGAGGCUCCGAGACCCCGUCUACGGCUGCGUUGGAGUCAUCUCUCUCCUCCAACACCAGCUCCGUCAACUCCAAAUGGAUCUCACCUGCGCCAAAUCAGAGCUCUCCAAGUACCAAAACCUCGGAAUCACCGGACACGGCCUCAUCGCGGCUGCAGCCGCUGCUGCACACCACGCGCACAGCCCCCACCACCACCACCACCAUCAGAAUCUAGGCAUCAAUCUCAUAUCCGGGGCUGCAGCCCGGGACCACUACCACCACCAGUUCUUCCCUAGAGAUCACCACCACCACCACCAGUCGGCCGCCCAGCAGAUGAUCAACUAUGACGCCAGCAGUCUUCUGGCCAUGAAUGUGUCCGCCACCGCCGGCGGAAUCGGCCAACUGAGUCCGUUUCAGCAACCUAGGGCUGCCGCCGGGGAUGACCGCCGCACCAUUGAUCCAUCUUAGUAAUAUUAAAUCAUCAUAUUAUUAGAGUUUCAGGCACAUUCACUAUUUGAUCAGGGAAAAAGAGACUCUGAAUCAGCACGAGAGAGAGAUAUCAUAGUGAGAAGAGAGAGAGGUAGUACGUAUUGGUAUUUAAUCUUAAUUAAACAUAUAUAUUCUACUUAAUCAUCUAAUACCCGUUAUCAAUUAAUUUAUUAUAGACAUAUAUAUAUUGCAAUUUUGUUAUAAAUCCAAAUAUUAUCGAUAUAUAUCUAUAUACGAUACCUGCAGACAGCAUAUUAAUUAUAUAUAUAUUUCCGUGCC